GCGGAAAUCACGCGACGGCUGGUCGUCGCGACCCUGGCCGAUGAUGACAACUCCUGGAUCGAAUCCGAGCUCAGCGAUCUCCUCGAACCCGAAGGUCCCCUGAGCACGGCGCUCUACGUCGUCGACGACGCGAACGCCGAACUCCACCCGCCCGAGAACAAAGGCCACGAGGCGAUCGUCUACCUCACCUACCUCAUCGACCACUACGAGCGGCUGCCCGACGUCUCCAUCUUCAUGCACGGCCACGGCGGCGCCUGGCACAACAACGACCUCCUCAACCUCUCCUCCUCGCUGAUGGUGCGCCACCUCAACCUCGACAAGGUCGUCCGCGAGGGCUACAUGAACCUCCGCUGCCACUGGCAGCCGGGCUGCCCGGCCUGGCUGCACCCGAACGAGGCCGAGUACGACGGCAACAAGCAGGAGCAGCUCCUGUUCGCGCCGGCCUGGCGGGACCUGUUCCCGGCGACGCCGGUGCCCGACGUGCUCGCGCAGCCGUGCUGCUCGCAGUUCGCCGUCAGCCGCGACCGGAUCCUCGCCAACGCGCGCGGCCGCUACGUCGCCAUGCGCGACUGGCUCCUGGGCACGGCGCUGCCGGACGCCGACAGCGGCCGCGUGUUCGAGUACUGCUGGCAGUUCCUGUUCCACAACUCGACGACCUUCUGCCCGGACAUGCGGACGUGCUACUGCGACGGCUACGGCGUGUGCUUCGAGACGCGCAAGGACUGGGACGACUAC